ACUUUUUGUACUUUUUCCACUAUGGAGUUAAAUAUGUGGAUGGACACAGCUUUAGAAAAGGCCAAAGAGUCGCUAAAAUCGGGCGAAGUUCCUGUAGGUUGUUUGUUUAUUUAUCAGAACGAAGUAAUCGCAACGGGCAGUAAUACCGUCAACGAGACACGAAAUGCCACUCGUCAUGCAGAAUUAAAUUGCAUUGAUGAAGUACUCAGUUUUUGCAGAGAAAAGAAAUUAGAUUAUAAAAAUGUUUUUCAAAAUAUUGAUGUAGUAGUUACCGUGGAACCUUGUAUUAUGUGCGCUGCCGCCCUUCAUGAAUUGGAAGUCCGAAGCAUCGUUUUUGGCUGUGCCAACGAUAGAUUUGGAGGAUGUAAUAGCGUUUUUGAAGUGGCAAAAGUCUGCGAUUCAAAAGUAGAAGUACUUGGAAAUGUCAAAGGAGAGGAAGCGAUGCAAUUAUUAAAAAUCUUUUAUAAAGGAGAAAACCCGAACGCUCCGGUAUCCAAAGUUAAGAAAAGUCGUAAAAAUCAGACUGAAGCUGAUUGAAUUGUGCUGUUUUUUAAUAUGGAUUUUUAUUUUGAGUUGACUUAGGUUUUUAAAAGAAGUUUUUAUCUCAAGUUUUCUUUUUAAUAAUUUUUUUGUAACUUGCGUUUAUAAAUAAGUUAGAUUUCGCUCUAAAUUAAAAUAAAUGCGAUGUUGAUACAAAG